AAUAGGUAUACUACUGGUCAUACACCGACACACUAAAUUGAAAUUAUUAUAAAAGUUCGUUUAUGAUUGGUGUUGUUUAAUGCCACCUAUACCAUCAUUGAUUUGUUAGUCAAUUGUUAAUACUUCGCAAUGUGUUAGUGUUCAUAUGACUACUAUAUUAUUUUCUACAAUUUAAAUCAUGCAGUAGUUCAAUCUCGCAUCACUCACGUGCCUUGCAUUUGAGAUUAGACUAUACCAGUCUGGGAAUGGACAUUGAUCCGAUAAUAAUAUCAACAAGUUUAGAAGCUCUAAUCGAACACCAGUACACCAAGUCAAAACUUGGCGACAGUCCCGGUUUUCCAAGUUCCCACUCUUGUAUACAAUUGCUACUUAAAAAAAUGUCUAUGAUGGAUGCUACUGAAAAGAAAAAGAAAACAACUACCCUGGUCAAAGACAAAAAAAGGUUCUAUAAAAAGACUAUUGCCGCAUUAAAAGAAGCAUUUGAACCAAAUAAAAGGAUAAAGAGAAUAACAUUUGAAAGAGUAAAAAACCAUGGGAAGAAAACUUAGUCAGAACAAGAAAAAAAUGAUUAAACACCUAGGAACGAGCAACAAGAAAUAGUAAUGAAAGAUUGGACAGCCCUGCUAUGAUGGCGUUCAGUGGAUUUGUACAAAGAGAUCCAGUAUGCGUACCUGUUGCAGCUAAGUUUAUUCUAGCCAAAAUUCAUUCAAUGCAAGAAUGGGAAGCGUUGCAAGCUCUUCAUUUAUUGGACAUAUGUAUGCAAACUGGUAGUACCACUUUUCAAGCCGAAGUCGGGAAGUUUAAAUUUCUCAACGAGCUUAUACGUUUAGUAUCACCUAAGUAUACUGGUAUUCAUACUCCUGAAUUGAUAAAAAAUAAAAUAGUUGAGCUCCUUAGUAAAUGGGCGUCUCAAUUUCCUAAAGAAGUAAAAAUACAAGAUGCAUUUGAUAUGUUAAAGAAACAAGGUGUCGUCAAGGAUUUAGUGUGUGUAAAAUUGCCAACCGUGUCUAACACGAAAGCAGAUUCUAAUAAAAUGACUGUAAUGAAUGAAGAGAAAUCAUUGUUAUUGCAAAAAUUACUAAAAAGCAAAAACCCUAAUGACCUUAAGGCUGCUAAUGAAUUAAUUAAAUCUAUGGUUUAUGAGGAAGAGCAAAAAAGUAAAAAGUUAAGUAAUAUGAUGAUUGAUAUUGAAAUAGCUUCAAACAAUGUAAAAUUGUUAUCAGAAAUGCUUAAGUCCUAUCAAUUGGAAUCUAGCUCAUCCUACGAUUUAGAACUCAUUAACGAACUACAUAAUACAAUAAAACAAUGGGAACCAAAAGUUCAAUCUAUGUUAUCCCUUGAAAUUCCUGAAAAUGAAAACAUUGUCAAAAAUAUAAUCCAAUUAAAUUACGAAAUAAAAGAAAUUUUUAAAGCGUACAGUGAUAUUGUGGAAAACCCAAUGAAUAACAAAUCAAAUGACCAAAAAAAUAUUGAACAUUUAUUGGAUCUCAACAUGCUAUCCAUUUCGUCAGAAAACAAAGACUUAUUAAGCAACUCAAAUGAUAUGGAUAACACAAAUUGCACAAUGUCUAAGAAAACUGAAUUAGAUGAUUUUUUUCAAAUUCAUAAUCCAGUCACGACCUUUAAUUCUGUAUCUGAUGCUAUAAAUAAAUCAAGCACAAUUUCAAAAUCCCACCACAAUGACUCCAAAGAUGCUUUAAGUCUUAACUUAUUUGAAGAACUUAACAAUCUUGGUAGAGAUAUGCUUAACAAAUUAAAUGAUGACAUUAAAACUGAAAUCACCUCAGAUAUACCUUAUUGUGAAAACAACAACUCUGUGAGUAGCAAUGACUCAAAUGAUGAACCACUUUUGGAUGCCGACGAAGAAUUGAUGACUGAAAAAAUAAUAAAUGAUGAACUUCAACUAAAACCCCUUGGUGACUUGACUAUUAAACUUGAAGAAAUAAUUCCUUGUGCUGAACCAGUUGUUAUAAAUGUAUUCAACAAAAAUGAAAUUACCACAGAUCUACAUUUAGCAGCAAACAAACCCAGAGAUGAUAUUACUGUUUUUGUUGCAACUACAAAAAGCAGGAAUAAACAACCAAUAAUUAAUUUUUUAUUUCAGCCAAUUAUUCCUGAAAAUUGUAGAUUACGUGUUUUACCACCAUCAAGGACUAAUUUGUCGACUUACAAUGCAUUUUUACCUCAAGAAUCAAUUAUCCAAAUAAUAUUAGUAGCUACACGUAAUAAGGAAUAUUUACCUAUGAAGUUUGUAAUAAGUUAUACAAUAGAUAAUGAAAUGUUUACUGAAUUUGGUGAAAUUGAGCAACUCCGUGUUUACCAGUAAUCAAAAAUAAUAACAGCAUUCAAAUAUUUAUUGAAAACUAAAUCUUUAAUUAUGGAUUUAUUCCUUUUAAAUAGUUAUGCCAAAACAUGUCACAAAGUUGUUACUACUAUAAGUUUUAAAAAAAAACUAUUUUAUAUAAAAUAUGUAUAAAUUGACUUAAAUAGAUUUCAAUAAUGUCUUAAUGUGAUGCGCAAAGCAAAAAGUGAUCCCUUGCCCACAUUUUUUAAACUUUAGCUUGUGAUACUUUAUAAAGCUUAAUUGAUUUUUGAACAAUUUGAGUUUUGGUACAUCUUAGUAGCUAAAAAAAUUACUAAGUUAUUGCAAUAUAAAGUUUGACCCUUUUUCUUAGAUCGAAUAAUACUAAUUUCUGCUAUUAUUUGACACAAUUUGAUGUUUUAAUCUAUAUUCCAAUCCCAAAGACUUCAAGGUAUGAUUAUUGUUACUUCGUAAGAAAUGUUUACAUUCUACUUUAAUCAAUGUUUUUCUCAAAAUCAACUUUGCUGACGAGUGGUCCCUUUUUGCUAUCUGCAUCACAUAUUAUAUAAGUAUAAUGUUUUUUAGAGAAAAAAAAUUCUUGUCUUGCAAGUUAAAAAAUUAAAAGAUAAACAUAUAUUUUAAUUUUUAUAAGAUAUUUUUAAACAAACGUUAUUUUUUGUAUAGCUAUAAAAAAUGUUUAUUGUGAUAAUAAUUUUCAAAAUUAGCAAUUAAUAU